UGACGUAGCUGAACCGUGCAGUUCCUUCUCAAGCACUAGCUGCUUAACCGUGGAUAAUCACAAGAUCACAACGUGAACAAAUGGGAUGCUACCGAUUGUGUAAUUGUUUAUCCGGGAUUAUGCAACAUUAUGUUACUUAUUUAACUUUUCUUUAACCGCGAGCAGCGAUUGGCUACGAACAUCCUCCCAAAGAUUCGUUUCUUUUCAAUGUUCCACUUCUAAGCACACAUUAUCCGAUUUCAUCGAAUUUCUUAAAUAACGUAUUUCGUUAAAUAGCAAUAGUUUUCUUUUCUCUUCGGUACGAGAAACAUAGGCAUCCGAGAAUGAAUCGUUUCGUAAAGAUCCUUAGGAGUAAGGAAACUCGUGACUAUUUUAUGAGCACGCAUUUCUGGGGUCCAGUUGCUAAUUGGGCGAUACCGAUUGCUGCCAUUAGUGACAUCCGGAGGGAUCCCAAGUACAUCAGUGGAAAAAUGACCUUCGCCUUAUGUUUAUAUUCAGCAAUGUUCAUGAGAUUUGCAAUCAAGGUGCAACCACGCAAUAUGCUUCUAUUUGCCUGCCAUUUUGUUAAUGAAGGUGCACAAAUUACGCAAGGUUGUAGAUUUAUUAAGUGCCAUUAUCUCAAUAAAAAAGAAUAGUAAAUUAAGAAAUAGAUGAUAUUUGCUUGCCAAAAAGCAAAAUAUUACAUUAGUCGAAAAUUGUCUUAUACAUAUGGUAGAGAGAGAGAGAGAGAAAAAAAGAGGGAGAGAAA